GUCGGCUGGCUGGUGUGGCCCAGAUGCGCCGUCAUCCGGGCGCCUCGUGUCCUCCCGCCCCCACCCCCGGUCAGCCGGGUACAAACGGGACCGGGCGUGCCCCCGCGCACCACUCGAGCCGUCGGCAGUCCCCGGUCCGGUUCAGCGCCUCCCCGACCUGACCCGAGGAGCUCGAGAUGUCGACCAGCGGCGCGCAGGAGGUGGCUGGAGAGAAGGAGCUGGUCCACCAGCUGAUCCACUGCGGCAGCUUCGAGGAGGUGCUGCAGCAGUACGACCAGACCGCCGACACAUACGAACAGUAUUUCGUCAGUAACGACUUCGACGCGCCGCGGCUGGUGGCAGAGGCCGUGCUUCAUCUGUAUCCUGCCGACGGCGUCGUCGCCCGCGAUCAGCUGCAGGUCAUGGAUCUCGCCUCGGGCACCGGCCUCGUCGGACAAAGGCUCCACGAUGCUGGCGUGCGCCACAUUGACGGUUUGGACGCCUCCAAUCAGAUGGCCCGUAUAGCCCGGUCCCGGGGCGUCUACCGGCACAUCUUCAAUGAGAUCGUGGAUGAAUCUAAGCCGUUGGACAUAAAGGAAAACACUUAUGACGCUGUGACAAUUUCCGCUGGCUUCGUCAAAGGACAUCUUCCGCUGACUGCCCUGGAUGAGGCGAUUCGCAUAUGCAAGCCGGGCGGCUACGUCAUCAACUCGCUGCGUUUCGAGUACCUGGUGACGGUGACAGAGUUCCACCAGCUAGAACCCCACAUGGACCGACUGGAGCAGCGCGGACUGUGGCGUCGCGUCGACCGCUACGUCACCGACCGCUACUUCCAGGGCGUCAAACAGGGCAUCACCUACAUCUACCAGAAACUGUGAAUGGGUGUCUCACAAAGGGCAGCAAGUACAUUUACCAGAAGAUGUGAAUAAGCGCCUCAGAUUGGGUAUCACGUACAUCUACCAGAAGCUGUGAACGAGUGUUUGAAAUAGGGCGACGCAUAGGUAAAUCAUGCCAGAACUGUGAACGAGCGUCUAAAACACGGCACCAGAUGCAUCUUCCAGAAAUUGUGGACGAACGUCUAAAAUAUGGCAUCACCUGCAUCUAACAGAAAACGUGAGCUGAAGGGAUGAAGGAAAUCAUCUUUGCCUGUGUGCCUGUAAAGAGCUGUAUGUAAAUCAACCUUGAAAUGGGACAGUAUCUAACCAGUAUAGCGCCUUUUGGGGCGACUAACGGAGCGAGCGAGAGGGUGAGCCUUGCACGUGCGAAAUUUCGAGGGGGUACCUUCAACUGACUUGUGCACGGCACCCUGCUAACCGGUCUCUAGCGAUGUGCCAAAUUUGAGCACAAUCGGCCUAGCCGUUCUCGAGAUCUGGAAGCGGCACCCUGCACGUGCGCACGUGCAGAAUGGGUCCCAACUGACUUGUGCACGGCACCCUACUAACUGGUUCCUAACCGUGUACCAAAUUUGAGCGCCAUCGGUCCAGCCGUUCUCGAGAUCUGGAAACGACCCCUGCACGUGCGCACGUGCAGCAGCACCCCAACUCUGGCACAUGGAUGGAUGGAGUGCCUAGUGGGUGCCUACCUACAUGCCAACUUUCAGCGCAAUCGGCCAAGUAGUUACCGAGAUAUUGCAACAAUUACAAAACUGACACCUCUUCGUUUUGCGCGUGGCACGUGCAUAAGGGGUCACCCACAUGCAUCGGGAAUAGUCCAAUACUUGGAAGAAGGAAUGAAGCUACCCUACAAAAAUUACCCCGUGUAAAUCGCCAAUCGGUCAAGUGGUUGCUGAGAUAUAAGCGUCGCAAAAGCGUCCGCACGGCCGGCCGGCCGGCCGGCCGCUCAUACUCAGAAAUUUCCGUAAUCUAAGGAAAGACUACGCUCGCUUCGCUCGCUCCGUAAUCAUUUAAUGCUGCCAAUGUGAAUCAAUUAUCCAUCAAAUAUGCUCGUGCACCAGCAAAAUCAAUGCGCAUUACACGGGGACGCACCGAGCUUAAUGCAAAUUAUGUCAGUGCGCAUUUUUGUUUAUGUUAUGCAUUUCCUUAUCAACACGUAAGUACUUAACAGUUAACAGAGCAUCAUCUGAUCCUGUUAUAUAAUUGCAGAGUAUACUUGAGCACCACUUGCAACAUUCAGGAUGUGUAAACACGCGACAUCAGAACAGCUGGGUGACGUCUAAUCUAGGUAAUGUAACUGCUGGUGUCGAGAAGGAGCUUCCAGCUGUAUCCGAAUGGAUUAGGUAUAGCCGACUUGUGGAGACAUCACAUUUGCAUUUACCUGGCAAUAUAUAUGUUUAGGUAUGAGGAAUAUAAUAUUUUAUAUGAAUUGCAUUCAUUCGUUCCUGUCCACAUAUAAUGGAUUUUUAUAGGCGUGGAAAAUGUAGCGUAUAAAGGCGCAUGACUCCGUGUUGUCGAACCGACCAUGCACCUCAAUAUAUACAACGGACGGUGUCGCGCGUUUGAAUGCUGGCACAUUUAAUACUAUAUGGCCCUAUGUGCAAUGUGAAAAUAACUGCAAUGUAUGGCUGUGGUCAACGUGGGUGUGUACUGCGCAUGGAAAAGGUGCUACAAUGUCAUGUUGUUUAUUGCUCACGGCUUCAUUGGGUUGACGCUACAAAUACAGACGCUUUCACUCUUAA